GUGACAUAAUGCACCGCUUUACUUUUUGCCGAUUGCUUCCGUCACCUUCAGAUCCCAGCUUCUAUAUAUCCCUUCCAAACUCUCUCUUCUCUUUCUGCAAAUUCAAGCUGAGCUCUCACCUUCAUUCACAGAAAGUAGGAAAUCUCCGACCAAAUAUCUGAAGAUGGGAAUACUUAGGUUGAUAACAGGCUGGCCAGGGCCCAGUGGCUUUGGAUCAGCCACCACCGCCGAACAAGUCACCGCCGGAAUUGAUGCCGGCGAUCUAACUGUCGUCAUUACAGGAGGGGCAAGUGGAAUAGGGUUAGAGACAUCAAGAGUGCUGGCCUUAAGAGGAGCACAUGUUAUAAUAGCAGCAAGAAACGUGGAGGCUGCAAAUGAAGCAAAACAAAACAUCCUUAAAAGCAACGAAAAUGCUAAGAUCGAUGUUCUUCAACUUGAUCUUUCCUCUCUUAAAUCCGUCAAGGAUUUUGCAGACAACUUCAUAGCUCUUAACCUUCCGCUCAACAUCUUGAUAAACAAUGCUGGAAUUAUGUUCUGCCCCUACCAACUCUCACAAGAUGGAAUCGAGAUGCAAUUUGCAACGAAUCAUCUUGGCCACUUCUAUUUGACAAACUUACUCCUUGACAAAAUGAAGAACACGGCUUCAUCUACGGGCAUCGAGGGUAGAAUUGUAAAUUUGUCAUCUGUAGCUCAUCUCCACACUUAUGAAGAAGGGAUCAGAUUUGAUUCAAUUAAUGACAAAAAAAGUUAUUCAGAUAAAAAGGCAUAUGGGCAAUCGAAAUUAGCAAAUAUUUUGCAUGCAAAUGAGCUCUCUCGACGCUUAGAGGAAGAAGGGGUAAAUAUUACAGUAAACUCUGUACACCCGGGUCUAAUAAUGACAAAUCUUAUGAAAUAUUCUUUAAACCUCAUGAGAAUUAUGAAGCUCCUCACUUACCUUCUAUGGAAAAAUGUCCCACAGGGGGCAGCAACAACAUGCUAUGUAGCAAUGCACCCAGAUUUGAAAGGAGUGAGUGGGAAGUAUUUUCUUGAUUGCAAUGAAUGGCCUGCAAGUGAUUUUGCAAGAAAUCCUACGAUGGCCAAGAAGCUAUGGGAUUUCAGCAACCACCUACUCGAUUCUGCUCUUCAACACUCCUAAUUUCACCAUCUUUUUUACUUUGCUCCCUAAGAAAUAAUAAUGGUAUUAUGCAUUAUAUUCAAUGUUCAUCGUGAUAUAAUAAACGAAUGAUAUCCGUGGAUGUGGAUUGUGGAUUUACCUUUGUAUUUGUAAUACUUGAAUGUCAAGAGGAUUGGUUUGUUUUA